AUGGGGGAGUCUUUAUCCAACCAUCGUCAUUCAAUGGGGAAACAUUACAGAUGUGAAGAAUGUGGCAAAGCCUUUAACCGACACUCAAGCCUUACUCGACAUGAGAGAAUUCAUACUGCAGAGAAGCCUUACAAAUGUACAGAAUGUGGCAAAGCCUUUAACAAGCGUUCAUAUCUUGCUCAGCAUCAGCGAAUUCAUACUGGAGAGAAAACUUAUAAAUGGAAAGAAUGUGGCAAAGCCUUUAACUGCCACUCGAGUCUUACCCAUCAUGAGAGAAUUCAUACUGAGAAGAAACUAUAUAAAUGUAGAGAAUGUGGCAAAGCCUUUAACAGGCGUUCAUAUUUUACUCAGCAUCAGAGAUCUCACACUGGAGAGAAACCUUUGAAAUGUAAAGAAUGUGGCAAAGCCUUUAACUGGCACUCAAACCUUGUCCAGCAUGAGAUAAUUCAUAAAAGGGAGAAACCAUACAAAUGUAAAGAAUGUGGCAAAGCUUUUAAUUGCCACUCAAACCUUAUUCGACAUCAGAGAGUGCAUACAGGAGAGAAACCAUAUAAAUGUCAUGUAUGUGGCAAGGUCUUUAGUCGAAAUUCACACCUUGCAAAUCAUCAGAGAAUGCACACUGGGGAGAAACCAUAUAAAUGUCAUGAGUGUGGUAAGGCCUUUAUCCAACAUUCACUCCUUUGGAGUCAUGAGAAAUUGCAUACUGGUGAGAAACCUUACAAUUGUAAUGAGUGCGGCAAAGCCUUUGCUGAGCGGUCAAGCCUUAACAAACAUAAGAAGAUCCAUACUGGAGAGAAACCUUACAAAUGUGUUGUGUGUGGCAGAGCCUUUACCAUGCGAUCAAAUCUUACUCAACAUGAGACAAUCCAUACUGGAGAGAAACCUUACAAAUGUAAUGAGUGUGGCAGAGCUUUUACCCAAUUUUCACGCCUUACUAGGCAUCAGAAAAUGCAUGCUGGGGAGAAGCCACACAAAUGUAAUGUGUGUGGCAAGGCUUUUAUUGAACUUUCACAACUUUGGGGUCAUGAGAGAAUUCAUACUGGUGAGAAACCACACAGAUGUCACGAGUGUGGCAAGGGAUUUACCCAACGUUCAAGCCUCAUGGCUCACCAGCGGAUUCAUACAGGAGAGAAGUCUUAUAAGUGUAAAGCCUGUGAUAAGGCUUUCAUCCAACGGUCACAACUUUGGGGUCACGAGAGGACUCACACUGGAGAGAAACCUUACAGAUGUAAUGAGUGUGGCAAAGCUUUUACAAUGCGUUCAUAUCUUACUCAACAUAAAACAAUCCACACUGGAGAGAAACCUUACAAAUGUAAUCAGUGUGGCAAAGCUUAUACCCAAUUUGCCAGCCUUACUAGGCAUCAGAAAAUACAUACUGAAAACAAACAUAAACCUAACAUAUGUGGCAAUGCUUUUAUUCAAAGCUCAGGCUUUGGAGAUCUUCAGACAAUUCACAGCAAAAAGAAACCUUAAAAGGUAAUGAUUGGGCUUCCCCGGUGGCGCAGUGGUUGAGAAUCCGCCUGCCAAUGCAGGGGACACGGGUUCGAGCCCUGGUCCGGGAAGAUCCCACGUGCCACGGAGCGGCUGGGCCCGUGAGCCACAACUACUGAGCCUGCGUGUCUGGAGCCUGUGCUCCGCAACAAGAGAGGCCGCGAUAGUGAGAGGCCUGCGCACCGCGAUGAAGAGUGGCCCCCGCUCGCCGCAACUAGAGAAAGCCCUCGCACAGAAACGAAGAGCCAAGACAGCUGUAAAUAAAUAAAUAAAUAAAUAAAUUUAUUAAAAAAAAAAAAAAAAGGUAAUGAUUGACACAUAACUUGUGCAAGUAUCCAAGCCUUACUCAGGCUGAGAGACUCCCUUCAUGGAAAAGGAAGACAUACAGAUGGCCAACAGGUGCGUGAAGAGAGGCACAUCCCUGAGCAUCAGGGAAAUUCAAAUGGAAGCCACAGUGAGCUACCACCUCACACCCCUCAGAAUGGCUGUCAUCAAAAAGACAACAAAUCACACGUGUUGGUGAAGAUGAGGAGAAAAGGGAACCCUUGUGCACUGUUGGUAGGAUUGUGAAUUGGUGCAGCUACUAUGGAAAACUAUAUGGUGGGUCCUCAAAAAAUUAAAAAUAGAACUGCCAUAUGAUCCAGCAAUUGCUCAUCUGGGUAUUUACCUAGGGAAAACAAAAAUACUAAUUCAAAAAAAUAUAUGCACUUCGUUGUUUGUUGUAUCGUUGUUUAUAAUAGCCAAGAUAAGAAAGCCACCUAAAUGUCCACUGAUAGAUGAAUGGAUAAAGAAAAUGUGGUACAUAUAUACACAUACAUACAAACACACACAUAAUGGAAUAUUAGCCAUGAAAAAAUGAAGUCUUACCAUUUGUAACAACAUGGAUAGCUCUGCAGGGUAUUUUGCUAGGUGAAAUGUCAGAGAAUGGCAUAGCACAUGACUUCACUUAUAUGUGGAAUUUAAAAAACAAAAUACAAGGAAAAUAGACUCAUACAUAGAACAAAUAAAUGGUUGCCAGAAGGUGGGAGAGAGGGUUCGAGGUGAGUGUGAAACAGGAGAAGGGCUUUAAGAAGUACAAAUCUGCAGUUACAUAAUAAAGCACGGUGGUGUAAUAUACAGCAUAAGGAAUAUAGUCAGUAAUAAUAACCGUAUGGGGACAGAUGGCUACUAGACUUACCGAAGUGAUUAUUUCAUGAUGUAUGCAAUUGUUAAACCAUUAUGUAGUACACCUGAAACAAAAUAUUGUAUAUCAACUGUGUUUCAGUGAAGGGGAAAAGAAGACUCCAUCAUGGAGAGAUACCGUGUAAAACCGAUGUGUAUGGCAAAGCCUGUAGCCAGGACUCGUACCUCACUUGAUAUCAGAUUAUACAUCUUUGAGAAAAACUACACAAAUGCAUGGAGUGACAGAAUAUAAAUGUAAAACUGUUUUCUAAAUUACUGUGCUUUUGGGGGUUACAGCCCCUUCUCUGGAUUUGUUGAUAGGACUCAGGGCCUCUGGUGAUGAUUAUAGGAAGGGCCUACUCUACCAGCUGAUCAUGAAAGAGAGCAGGACAGGAUAUUGCAAGAAUGAGGUUUUCAUGUGAGUAGAAUGAUGGGUUACUAGAGAUGGCAUACGUGGGAGAAAAAAUGGGGCGGCGGGGAACAAUGGUCUCCCUGUCCUUUGAAAGGGAAUGGCUGCUGUAUAUAUAAAAUAAUAAAAAUUAGUCUUAUUUUUGGAAACUGAAGACUGAAGACACAGUAUGAUAGAGGACAGUAAUCAAAAGAACCAGAGUAGAGUGUGCUUGUGAAGGCUGCAGAUUUGGCCUCUGGAAUUGCAUUUUGACACCAUUUUAUGUAGAAUGUAUAAGUAACAUGUCGGGACUUCCCUGGUGGUCCAGUGGUUAAGACACUGCAGGGGGCAUGGGUUCAAUCCCUGGUCAGGGAACUAAGAUCCCACAUUUCUUGGGGCGUGGCCAAAAAAUAGGAAAACAACAACAAGUAAGUAAAAUGUUAUCUUUUUUAUAACCCUUAAUUAAUCACGUGCCUUCUGUUACCCACGCAUAUCCCAUCGCAUUGGGGCGCUUUAUAAUAAUGAUCACUAAUUACACAUCAUCAUGCUUUCUAAGUUGAAUGACAUCUGUAACAAUUUCUAUGUUAGAGUCAAACAGCAGUUUUUGAAAUACAUGUAUAUUCAUAAUUUGCAUGUGAGCUGUGAACUCCAUAGUGUAACCCAGAUUAUUUCAGUACAAUUUCAGACUCAAACCCCCUGAAACCUGCCUCCCCAUUUGUAAAUAUGCACCGCAUGAUCAGAUUUCUACAUACCUUUUUUUGUGUGUGCCAAAACAAGACCCCUGGGUUGCACCUUUACAUGAGAUGAAGAUACAGUAAGCAUGUAAAAAAUAUUAGGAAAUAAAAUUUCAGAAAUAGGGAUAAAAAUAAUCUCUUUUUUGUGCUUGGAGUUGAUGAAAUAAAAUUUGUAUUUUAAGGCAAGACAAGAUAAAAUUAAGCAUAAAAUUCUCUGUGUGUGUUCGGGCCUCCUCCCUCCCGAAUGUGCAGCGUGCAUCUGCAUUACACAUUACCCACAGCUCCUCAAACGUGGGAGUGCCUGCUCGACCCUGAAGAUCAAUUUAUUUUUUUCUUCUGACACUAGUGAUUUAACUUCUUAAAAGAAUACCGUUCUUUCCCAACUCUGUGGGAGGUCAUGGUGACUUGCUGCUCGCUCUGUAUGUACUAACCUGGAUAUGUAUCCUUGGUGAACUUUAUGAAAAAUUUCAGUAUGUCAUUUUGAUGAACGAUCCUUUUUCUUGAAAUUGAAUACAACUGUGCCUUUGACUUCUAACAGAACAGUUCUCAGAGCUUUAUGAGAGUCUGUUUCCCAAGUUAGAAUCCUCAGUUUGGCUCACAUAAAAUUCCCUUUUUUUCUCCUUGAUUCUUAAUUGAAUUUUUGUUGACAUUUUCUUGUUGUACUCAGUAUGAUACCAGAGACACCUAUCAGAGGACACCUGGAGUCUACCCCAAACCGAUGGGUCCUUUGAGACGCAUCCACUUCUCGGUACUCCUCAGCUGCUUUGGUGAUUUCUCCUGAUAUUCAGACAUCAUUGCUUUAAAUGACAUCCUGAAUUUUAUUUGAGCUGUUUUUUUCUUGGGACUUGGAGUCCUAAGAGGGAGUAUGGUACAUUCCCUAGGCAGGGACCUGGGAGGGAACUUGGGAGUGAAUUGGGUUGGCUGGUCUUUUUUAAAAUUUGGCUUAAAUUUAAAAGAUUAUAUAUAAUCUGAACAAACCAUUUGAUAGUAGAAUGAGAGACUGAGCCUGCUCAGCUCCAAACAAAAGGAACACUUGCUCCUUCCAGCCACAAGGCCUUGUCAGGUGAUUGAGAACCUAGUGGACAUAUCUGAGGAUCAACCCUUUAGAUGUACUGCGGUCCUACAAGGGACCCCACUACAACCAUUCAGUAAAUUCUCGCCGAGGGGCACAGCAGUUUUUGCUGGAGGGAGAAACCGAGACCUGUAAGAGGCUCGAACCGACCCAAGAGUAACUCCUUAGGGAGCUAGACUCAGGAGCAGCACACAUGCGAUCCAUCACAGUGCCCUCAGAAGGUUGUUCAGAUUAUAUCUGAAUUAGGCUCCCAAAUUAAUAAAGAGAAACUGCACUUCAAAGGCUGACCAGCUCCCUAAUAAACAGCCACUCCCUGGAACUCUGGCCAGCUUCGUGUGCAGUUGGAACAAAGCCAAUACUUGCAAGCAUUUAACUUUUAAAUGGCUAGGAUGGCACUCUACUGACAUUCCAAAACUGUAGAGAAAGCUGGUUUAAUCUUUUCAAUUCUGACCUUGAGAGAACAAAAGUAUUCCCAGGAGAAAUCUUAAAAUUUACAGUUCUUACCAUAUCCUUGAAAUGUAGCCCAUGGUGCCUGACCUACAGCCUUGGGUCAAUUAGUAGAAUUUAAAGCUGGAAAAAAACAAACGGUGGGGGAGGGGAAGGACUUUUAAACUCAAGCAGGAAAACAGACCUCUGUGUAGGGGACUUUCCUGGCAGUCCAAUGGUUAAGACCCUGUACUUCCACUGCAGUGGGCCUGGGUUCAAUCCCUGGUCAGGGAACUAAGAUCCCACAUGCUGUGCAGCAUGGCCAAAACAAAAACAAACAAAAAAAAAAGAUCUCUGUGUCUAUCUGGAUGAAUGUAUGUCUAUCUAUACAUAAUAAAUGUGGUAUG